GAUUCCAGCACUUUAGGCAUUGCUUAUGUAAUUAGGCUUCAUUCUCACACAAGUCAUAGAAAAGACCGUGAAAGCAACUGGUAUAAACUAACACAGUAACACAAACUGCACAGUUAAUGACUAUAUAUACUUUGGUCUGCACCAAACCAAUAUACCAGGUUUCAGAAACUACUUUGUGUAUGAUGGGAUUUUGGAAUACUCCCCAAAAAGCUCAGUUACCUACGAUGGCUGUGGUAGUACUACUGGUUCUGGUUUUCUUAUGCACAAACGGAGUUGAAAGCCGGAAGGCUAAACAUGUGGACUGUUUUCAGUACUCAGCCAUAAGUUGCAGAGCCUACGGUGCAUCACUGGCAGAUUUUGGAGGAGUUGGUGAUGGUACCACAUCAAACACCAAGGCCUUUCAGGCAGCAAUUCAGCAUCUGAGUCAAUAUGAAUCACAAGGUGGAUCCCAACUUUUUGUUCCUGCUGGGAAAUGGUUAACUGGGAGCUUCAACCUCACCAGCCAUUUCACUCUCUAUCUCCACAAGGAUGCUGUACUUCUUGCCUCUCAGGAUGAGAAUGAAUGGCCUGUGAUUGAUCCACUUCCAUCGUACGGUCGAGGGAGGGAUACAGCUGGAGGAAGAUUCAUCAGUCUGAUAUUUGGAACCAACCUCACUGAUGUUGUAGUAACAGGGGAAAAUGGCACAAUUGAUGGUCAAGGUGAACUAUGGUGGCAAAAAUUCCGCAAGGGGGAGUUAAAGUACACUCGGCCUUACCUGAUCGAAAUCAUGUUCUCAGAGAAUAUCCAGAUUUCCAACCUCACUUUCAUCAAUUCUCCAUCAUGGAAUGUCCAUCCUGUUUACAGCAGCAAUGUUCUUGUUCAAGGCCUUACAAUCCUUGCACCAGUGACAUCUCCAAAUACAGAUGGAAUCAACCCUGACUCUUGCACUAAUACUCGAAUUGAGGACUGUUACAUUGUUUCUGGAGAUGAUUGCAUAGCCGUGAAGAGUGGUUGGGAUGAGUAUGGUAUUGCUUUUGGGAUGCCAACCAAAGCACUUGUGAUCAGACGUUUGACAUGCAUUUCUCCAUUUAGUGCGGUGAUUGCACUCGGAAGCGAGAUGUCAGGCGGGAUCCAAGAUGUUAGGGCUGAGGAUAUCUUUGCCAUCAAUACGGAAUCAGCAGUCAGAAUCAAAACUGCUGUAGGAAGAGGAGGUUUUGUGAAAGACAUAUAUGUUAGAAGGAUGACCAUGCAUACCAUGAAGUAUGUAUUUUGGAUUGCAGGAGAUUAUGGAUCGCAUGCAGAUAAUGGUUAUGAUCCUAAUGCACUUCCGGUGAUUCAGAACAUAAAUUAUCAUGAUAUGGUAGCUGAGAAUGUAACAAUGGCUGGUAAGCUAGGGGGAUUAACUGGUGAUCCAUUUACCGGGAUUUGCAUAUCUAAUGUUACAAUAACAAUGGCAAAGAAGGGAAAGAAAGUACCUUGGAACUGCACUGAUGUUGCUGGGAUUUCAAGUGGAGUGGUUCCUCAGCCGUGUGAGCUUCUGGCAGACCAGGGUCCGGAGAAGAUAGGGGCAUGUAACUUCCCAGAAGAAAGUCUGCCAGUUGAUAAUAUGCAAGUUCAGCUGUGCACUUACAGAGGAAACUACUUGUGACGGAUUCAAAUAUCCUCACAACAUUGUACUUUCAAUAUCAUUGAGACAAACAAUCUUAGCAGUAAAAUCAACUAGCUGUGUGAGACGUUUCUAAACAAAGGAUUUCUUGAACAAAAAUGUAUGGCGCAACAGAUUGAAAUGAAUUUCACUGUAUUACUCAGGAUCUUUUGGUGGUCAAUGACAGAUUAAAUGAAUAUUUGUACUAUGUUGAGAGACUGU